AUGCAUCUACAUCUUUUUAUCCUUCUAUGGACAUUAUUGUUCCAAGGAGCCAUCUCUAUUCCUACCAUUAUUUCUUUGGCAUCUAGAGCAAAUAAGUGCUACGAAGACUCCUCAAAGAUUCUUAAGCCCGAUAAAACCUGCGAUCAGCUGCCUGAAAAUACUUGCUUCUACACCGUCACCACCUCUUUGAAGCCCGAGUCAGCAACCACCUCGAUCACGGAUUGGAAUUUUGUUUCGUAUGGCGAGGAUCAUUUUGUCUUUAACAGAAAAAAAGCUUUGUUUGGUAUGGAUGCUGGUCCGGUGGAAGUCAAGGAUCAUAUUUGGGUUGUCUCAAAUCUCACUCGUUUGAAUGCACCAGAGUCUAAUAUCGGUAUCAGCGGUUGUUUCGACAAAAACCAUCCGCCGGGCCAAGCCGAGGAUCUAUCACAUUAUAUCAACAUGAAACACAUCAUCUUUUCCCAAAUCCUUCUGUGUAUCAUUUCCCUUGUCCUUGGAUCUCCCCUUUCUACACCAUGGGUUCGCUCGCAAUCAAAGUGUGGCAAUUCUGAUGUCAACACCUGCACAGUCGAAGUUUACGUCCCCGUCAACAAACCCAAUCAAAACAAAUUUGCCUUCAUAGUCACCCUUUUCGAUUCAAAUUGUGAUUCAAUGUGUAGUGAUACUUUUGUACAUCGUAACACUAGGAUCACAUGGGUACCACCCUGUCUCAAAGGUGGAAAUAUGACCGUUCAAGUUCAGGGGGAUGGAGAGCUGCAGCCAAUUUAUCAUAACGGCUCUCCGAUAUAUAUCGGAAUUGUGCCCGAUGGAAGCACUACAAUAGUAACACAUCGCGAUACAUUUCAGUGUCCAAAUGCAAACGCUGCUCUUGCAAUAAGAUCGAUUUCUGAUUCUGGAGAAAAUUGUGAAGAGGCUGAUCACCCUCCACCCCUCUACGACUCAUGUUAUCAAGCGUGGAGACUUGCACAUGCUCCUGCAGUCGGAACCGGUCAUACGGGUGAUUAA